CCUCCACCAUCUCCUUCGCUAUGGGUCGCUACGCCGUCCUCGUCACGGGCCCCGCAGGCUCCGGCAAGUCGACGCUCUGCAGCGCGCUCAUCACGCACGCCCACUCCGCCGGGCGCAACGUGCAUCUCUUCAACCUCGACCCCGCCGCCGAGCACUUUGAGUAUGCGCCCGCCAUCGACAUCCGCGAGCUCGUGUCGCUGGCGGACGUCAUGGAGGAGAUGGGCCUCGGUCCGAAUGGUGGGCUGGUGUACUGCUUCGAGUAUCUGCUGGAGAAUCUCGACUGGCUCGAGGAGCAACUGGGCGCAUUCGACGACGACUACAUCAUCAUCGACUGUCCCGGCCAAAUUGAGCUGUACACGCACACGCCGCUCAUCACGCGUCUCUUGUCCAUCCUCACCACGACGUACAACUUCCGCCUCUGCUCGCUCUACCUGCUCGAGAGCAACUUCAUCGACGAUGCGCCAAAGUACUUUGCCGGCGUCAUGAGCGCCAUGAGCAGCAUGAUCAACCUCGACUGCGCCUGCAUCAACGUCAUGAGCAAGAUGGACCUCGUCAAGAGCGGCGACACGGGCGAGAAGACGCAGGGCGGGAGGAAUCGCAGAGAGCUGCAGCGGUAUCUGGAUCCAGAUCCUCUGCUGCUCGUCGAAGAGGCGAACUCGCGGACAAAUCCCAAGUUCCAUGCCUUGAACCAAGCACUCGUGCAGCUCAUCGACGACUUCUCCAUGGUCUCGUUCAUGCCGCUCGACUCGACAGACGAGGACUCGGUCGGGUCAUUACUGAGCCACGUGGACAAUGCGAUGCAGUACGGCGAGGACGAGGAGCCAAAAGAGCCGAAGGAUCUCGAUGGCGGCGACUUUGGGGACGAGUGAGGGGCCUCGACGUGAAGUGCAGCGGCGUGACGAGCGAGCAUCAUACAACUCUAAUUCUGCUCGGCAAGGCAUGCAAUUGUCAUCCACGAGAGUGAGAGAGGAAGGAUGACAUGCUUCGCCCUAGCUCCAGCCUCGCAUCUGCACCACCGCGUCGAACGCAUCGCUCUGCGCCAACCGCCUCUUCUCGGGAUCCUCCGCACUGCGAGCGCG